AAAAUCUCACAAUAAAAUCUACAACGUAUUCUACACAUCUAAGAGAUCGCUCCUUGAAAGUUUUUGUUGAAACAUGUACAUCUAAGUCUUUUGAAGUCUACAUCCGAGUCUGGUAGCAAAUAUCACGUGGGGUCACAGCCCCAACGAGUCGGUCUACUGUUAAGCGCUAGUCGUGCGUUAAGCGCGAAGUCAUGCGAGUUAGUGAAAGAUAAAACAUUAAGAAAGAAGCAUCAUGCUUCGUUUCGUCGCUCGCGGCAGAUUCGUCGUCUACGAUAAUCUCGAGAAAUGUCUAAGCGCUUCGGGAGGCAUACGUGACACCUGCGGCAUCGUCAAGUGCCGAGCAUCGGCGGUGUCGAGGGUCAAGGAGGGAUUCGAUGAUGGCUCAACGUUGCGUUUUGCGAAUUGUUUGAUCGAUUCCACGAUACUUCGGCCAGCCGUCGAAACAACUCGGAGGGAAAAUCAUCGACUGUCGUCAACGUCGGCUGUCAGUGAAGCCCGUAAGACCUGUCUUUACGACCUUCACGUGGAGAAGCAAGGUAAGAUCAUCAAUUUUGCCGGAUGGCUACUGCCGGUGCAGUAUCGAGAGACGAUCGCUGUAUCUCAUCUGCACACUAGAUCGUUGGCAUCGCUCUUUGACGUCGGUCACAUGCUGCAAACGCGUGUUUCCGGUAAGGAUGCCGGGGAAUACUUGGAAUCGCUAACCACGUGUGAUCUAAAGAAUUUAAGCAAAGGUGCCGCGACUUUAACAGUCUUCACUAACGACAAGGGGGGAAUUUUGGACGAUCUCAUUAUUACCAAAGACGACGAAGAUAGGUACUUCGUGGUGUCUAACGCGGGAAGACGGGAGGAGGACAGUCGGCUCCUUUUGGAGCGUCAGGAUGAUUUCAAAAGAAUUAAUAAAAAUGUGUUCGUUGACUUUCUGGAUCCUCUAGAGCAAGGUUUGAUAGCUCUUCAAGGUCCUACUGCAGCGACGGUUCUUCAAUCAUUAGUGAAGAUUGAUCUUCAAGUUCUGAAGUUUAUGAACAGCGUCAAAACCGAGAUAUCGGGUAGUUACGUUAGAAUUUCACGAUGCGGCUACACUGGAGAAGACGGUUUCGAGAUCUCGGUGCCUGCAAAGGAUGCGAUUGACUUGGUCGAAAGAAUCUUGGAGAUUCCUGAUGUGAAAUUGGCAGGUCUAGGAGCUAGAGAUAGCCUGAGAUUAGAAGCUGGACUUUGUUUAUACGGCCACGAUAUUAACGAAGACACUACACCUGUGGAAGCUGCCCUUACGUGGCUAGUCGCGAAACGACGAAGGGCCGAAGCCAACUUCCCGGGUGCGCAGCAAAUACUUUCGCAGAUCAAGACGGGUGCCACGAAGAAACGCGUCGGGCUCUUACUGGGUCAAGGACCACCUGCCAGGGAAGGCGCACCCAUAUUGACGCCAGAGGGUGAGCGUGUGGGUAGUGUCACUUCCGGUGGACCAAGUCCGACCUUGGGCCGCCCGAUCGCAAUGGGAUACAUGCCACCGGAUUUGGCGCAAUUUGGUGGUGGAGUGCUAGUCGAGGUUCGAGGGAAGACAUACAAGGCCACAGUGACGAGAAUGCCCUUUGUAAAAGCCAAGUACUACAUCACAAAAUGAUGCUGAUUUUACAACGGAAAUUGAUCGAUCUUCGGCUUUUAUAAAAUGGUUAAUUGAAGGCGAUAAUCAUUUAUACAUUCGCGAAGUACAUGAACAGUUGGCUAAUUGGCCUGUCUGCUGACGCGAAUAUAAAUUGCUCAUAAUCACAAGUGAUAUUUUAAUUAACAAAUAAUUUAAAAA